AUGGGUGAAUACCACAUCCGUACAUUCGAGGACAGGGACUAUGAGGCGGUGCGCACCAUCCUCUCCCAUGGCAUUCAUGAGCACGUUCCGGCUGGCUGUUGGCACAUUCUCCGGUGCCCUCAGAACCACCUGCUGCUGUUGGCCAUCUUCCUCAUGGCCUACAUGAUCUUAGCUUCUCUCCUCUUCUCUUGCGGAGUGGCGGCAGCCUUUGUGGUUAUGGGAUGGAUGUACAUGAAGGGUCUCUGUGCAGCGUACGUCCAAGCUGCACUUACCAGAGACAUGCUGGACAUCCGGAAAACCUACCUGGAGCCCAAAGACUGUUGCUUUUGGGUGGCGACAUCUGGAGAGGAAGUGGUAGGGAUGGUGGCCGCCAUCCAUCCAGAAGACCCAUCUCAACGGGGCAAAGCGCUGGAGCUUAAGCGCAUGUCGGUGGCCAAGCAGCACAGGGGCCGCGGGCUCUCCAAGGCGCUUACCAGGACCGUCAUCUGCUUUGCUCAAGAGCGCGGGUACCAGGAGGUGGUGCUGGGCACUUCCAUGGUGCAGUAUGCGGCUCAGCGGGUGUACGAGGGAAUCGGUUUCCACAAGGUCAAAGUGGAAUACCCCUCCCUCUUGGCGAAGCUGCUGCAGGUCUACUUUUACUACUAUCGCUAUGAGAUUGCCAGAUCGCGUUGA